CCCCCCCGCGGCCGGCCGUUGUGCGCAGGCGCCAGCCGGGAGAUGGCGGCGGCUGGAGCUGGCCGUCUGCGGCGGGCGGCGUCGGCCCUGCUGCUGGGCAGCCCGCGCCUGCCCGCCCGGGAGCUGUCCGCCCCGGCCCGGCUCUAUCACAAGAAGGUUGUUGAUCAUUAUGAAAACCCGAGAAACGUCGGCUCCCUGGACAAGACAUCAAAAAAUGUCGGGACUGGCUUGGUGGGGGCCCCAGCGUGCGGCGAUGUGAUGAAACUGCAGAUUCAGGUGGACGACAAGGGGAAGAUCGUGGACGCCCGGUUCAAAACCUUUGGCUGUGGCUCAGCAAUUGCCUCCAGCUCUCUCGCCACGGAGUGGGUGAAGGGGAAAACGGUGGAGGAAGCCCUGACUAUCAAAAACACGGACAUCGCCAAGGAACUCUGCCUGCCCCCCGUGAAACUGCACUGCUCCAUGCUGGCCGAGGACGCCAUCAAAGCCGCCCUGGCCGAUUACAAGCUGAAACAAGAGCCCAAGAAAGGAGAGGCCGAGAAGAAAUGAGCCCCGGGGCCAGCCCCGGCCGGCCCGCAGCCCCCCCCCCCAGUUGCUCAAGCAGCCCUUGGCACUGCCCCAGCAGAGCUCGAGACGCGCACGACACUCGCUGCCCCGCUGCGCCUCAAGUCACCCCACACAGUGUCUUCGCGCUGAGUCCCCUGCUUCCUCCCCGGCCGCUCCUCGCCUUACCGCAGCCACAGCUACCCCUGCGUGUGUCUGGCCACGGGACUGAAACCAGCAGCUCCGGCUUUGACAGUCCACAAAGUGCGCGUGCCCUCCCCUGAACCUAGUCAGCGGGAGGUGACCGACCCGCCACCUCGGCGUGGAGAUGUGACAGAACCAGUUAUUGUACAUAAAGCAGACCUGCUUAUAUAUAUCAAUAAAAGAAUGUAAGAAGAACGUUU